GUGGUUGAUGACGUCAGCUGGCUGCAGCGUCACAGCUUCUUUUGCUGAUGUGCGCAAAGUGAGAGAAGCUACAUGAUGCUCCCUGCUGCUGGAGUUGUUUUUGCAUUAGCUUGGAUUUAUCCAAGUCACGCGCUCUAUUUCCAUAUAGGAGAGACGGAGAAGAAAUGUUUCAUUGAAGAGAUUCCGGACGAGACUAUGGUUAUCGGAAAGUACAGGACUCAGCUGUGGGACAAGGAGACUAAUUCCUUCCUCCCAGCCACGCCUGGCCUUGGUAUGCAUGUGGAGAUCAAGGAUCCAGAGACAAAGAUUAUCCUCUCUCGUCAAUAUGGGUCGGACGGACGGUUCACCUUCACCUCCCACACUCCUGGAGAGCAUCAGAUUUGUUUGCACUCCAACUCCACCAAGAUGGCUCUGUUUGCAGGAGGAAAACUGAGAGUGCAUCUGGAUAUUCAGGUGGGAGAACACACCAACAACUACCCUGAAAUUGCCGCCAAGGACAAACUCACGGAGCUGCAGCUGCGAGUCCGACAGCUGCUGGACCAAGUGGAGCAGAUCCAGAAGGAGCAGAACUACCAGAGGUAUCGCGAGGAGCGGUUUCGCAUGACGAGCGAGAGCACCAACCAGCGUGUGCUCUGGUGGUCCAUCGCUCAGACACUCAUCCUCCUCGUCAUCGGCAUUUGGCAGAUGAAGCACCUCAAAAGCUUCUUUGAGGCCAAGAAACUGGUGUAACGUCGGCAGCGUUGGGGAUCAACAUAAACACAAGUAGACGGACUUGACGGACCGGAAUGGAGAGACGCCCCACCCUACAGUGCAGAUACACCCAGGAGGAGACGCUCCUGAUAUCAGCCACUAAAUGGUACGAGCAAAUCCACAGAGGCACAUAUCAACCUUAAAUAAUGAGCUUUUCCUCACAAAUGUUUUAGGCUAUUGUUGUUAUUAUACAACACAGUAGCACAACAUUCCAAUUGCCUUUUUUUCAUUGUGUUUGUUGUGUUCUCCUGAUAACACUGGACAUGUCAUGUGUUCUGUCCUCUGGUCAAGAAGAAGCAGAGACAUUAGUAAUCUGGGAUUGUUUUUAUGGUCAAACAGGAGUGACUGCUCCAAUAGAUAUGUAGGAAUGAGAAUGUUAAAGCUGUUACAAGUAGUGACCCAGUGCUUUAUUGAUACAUGCUUUUAUGUGGCCACAUUUUGUCAUUGAUAUUGUUGCACAUAGUUUUAUUACCAGGCCUUUUAGGAGAUAUAUAAAAUAAAUCUAUGUGGGGGGGCUAUACACCAUCAGAUAUAAUUGCCAUCAUGGCCUUUUAUUCCAAGCAGACUUUGAUCAGACUCAAAGAGCCCCAAUGUGGCUACCUGGGCGGAGCCAGAUGAUAUAAGCAGCCCAAACCGAGGGGGUCUGGGGGCUUCCGCCCACGGGGAGAUUUUUUUUCCCAUUCACGGCAGCUAUAUGCACUAAGCAUUUUCAGAUAAAAGAAUGCCUAAAAAUCUCUACAUCAUUUGGGUAAAACAUCAUCCUGUAGAGCCCAUUUUUUUUAUAGAAUUGCUCAACUGUCUUCGUCAUCCUGAAACCGUAAAACAUCAAAUGACGAGCAUGACUCAUCUUCACUCCUGCCACCUAAGAAGAGGCAAAAUGGUCUGAUGUUUCAUAACAUACAGCAUAUAGGUAAGGCAGGAAAUCUAGAGUUCACCAAAUGAAUGUUCAGCUGACCAUUCAGAGAGAAUGAGGGGAAAUUACUCAGUUUAAGGUAUUUUUUUAAACCAAAAAAAACUCUGGGGACCCCCCCCCCCCCCCGUCCAGAUCUUAAAGAAGCGAUGCUGCUCGCUCUAUAGAUUCCAAAUAAUCUCUAAUCCAGCUGUCUAUACUUGGUUUCCUCACCUUUUAAUGAAUACAUAUGGUCCCUUUUAAUGAAUACAUAUGGUCCGUUUCACUGAGAGAGGCUGAUCUGAUCUAUUUGUAGGUUUUCUAACUCGGAGGCUCUCAGCAGUGUUGAUCAAGUGGUCACACAUGUGCAAAUAUUAUACUGGCCUUGAUUCCUCACAUGUCAAUUUGACAACACUUUAAAGCUUGUAAUUAGCAUGCAUAAUAUAAACCCUUAAUAAAUGGUUUAUUACACACAGUAAUACAGUCAUGCGCAGCGUUGACAUUUUUAAGUGUCAAUGCAUUUGUGAACAAUUCUAACCUCCCAUAAUACAUUUGUAGCUGAUGAAUUACAUAUUAAUAACACAAUAUAACAAAGCUGUAGGGUAACACUCAAGAAUCCUCAGUGUGUUAUGAAACAUCUAUUAACUGUUUAUACACAAGAAGAAAUGUUUAUAGAUGUGUUCUAAUCUCAUGAAGACCUGUUGAGAUUCUUCACUUCAGAACUUAAGGUCCACUUACUAGUCCUUCCAGAGCUUUCAGCCUCAGCAGCUAACGGAAGAGACUCAGUUGUGUCGGAGGCUGAAGAUUUAAGUAAAUACAACACAAUACAUAGUUAAUACAAUCAUUCUAAUAAUAAAUACCUCAUGUUUCAUACACAUUCAUUGUUUAUACAUCAGUCACAAAUGCUCAAAGAAGUUAUAAUUGUUGACAUUAAUAAACAUUGUCCUUAUAUCUCCUUACACCAGAAUGAAGUGUUUAUAUAAUGCUUGUAAAUGUGUAAUGGAGGUUCUAAAUGAAGUGUUUCCAUCCUUCUGACUGUAUAUAGUUUCUAGCUAGAGUUCUGUCUGCUGUACAUUUGACCAGAGCUAGGUCUGUAGACCGUGUUUGAUAUGCCUCUUAAUAACAGGAUUCUACUGUAUGUUGUAAAUAACGGUGUAUUGACUGUUUUCUAAUGCCUUUUACACAGAUUGAAUGUCUUUUACGUUUUUCCAAUUGUGUCACCAGGUUUCUUUGUUUCGUCAGAGCGUAUUUAUUGAGCUUAAACGAGUUUACCGUCAUUAUCGUGAGCUAUUUUGGGUUUAAUUUAUCAAUGCCGGACAGCAUUUUGAUACCUUUUGGAAACACUGCUGAUUCAGAUUCCUAGUGAGACAUUGGAAGGGAAUAUAUUGAGUCAGUGGGUUCCAGGUGUUCAUUUUUUCAUGCAUUAAAUUGUCAUCGCUAAGACUUGUUUUCAUUGUGGUUCAGAUGUCAGCUCCAUGUGCUUAAUAAAGAAAUUUUAGCCAAA